ACAGCUCACUUUACGCAGCCGACCUUACGUCAUCCGGGGAUUUAAACGUAAAACCAUCAGCACCUCAACAUGUAUUCCAACAAAAUCGAAGGCCCACGAAGAGGAAGAUCAUUUGACUCCAUGAACAUUGGCUUUGAAGAAAAACUUCUCAACAAUGAGAUAAACAAAUCGACCUUCACAAAAAUUGAAGAGAAUACAGAAAAGAAUAAUACAUCUGAGAAAGGAAGAGCAACCAUCAUCUUUUCUCUGAAGAAUGAAGUGGGAGGUCUUGUGAAGGCACUCAAACUCUUCCAAGAAAAUCAUGUUAACCUUGUACACAUAGAGUCCAGAAAAUCUAAAAGACGCAACUCUGAGUUUGAAAUCUUUGUUGACUGUGACAGCAACCAUGAACAACUGAAUGAAAUCAUUCAUCUCCUCCGUAAGCAUGUAAACAUAGUGGAGAUGGAGCCUCCAGAUAACUCCUGUCUACAUGAGGAAGACACAUAUAAUGUACCAUGGUUCCCAAAGAAGAUUUCAGACUUGGACAAGUGUGCUAACCGUGUCCUGAUGUAUGGCUCUGAGCUGGACGCUGACCAUCCGGGGUUCAAGGACAAUGUGUACAGGAAAAGGAGGAAGUAUUUUGCAGAUCUUGCCAUGGCCUACAAACAUGGGGAUCCUAUUCCUCGUAUUGAGUUCACUGUGGAGGAAGUGAAGACUUGGGGAGUCGUACACAGGGAGCUCAACAAGCUGUACCCCACCCACGCCUGUCGAGAGUACUUAAAGAACUUGCCCCUGCUCUCCAAAUACUGUGAAUGUCGGGAGGACAACAUUCCUCAACUGGAAGAUGUCUCACGCUUCCUCAGAGAACGUACCGGCUUUACCAUUAGGCCUGUUGCGGGUUACCUCUCCCCUCGUGACUUCCUAGCUGGUUUGGCUUUUCGUGUUUUCCACUGUACCCAGUAUGUGCGCCACAGCUCAGACCCAUUAUACACCCCAGAGCCAGACACAUGCCACGAGCUGCUGGGUCACGUCCCAUUGCUAGCAGAACCUAGUUUCGCCCAGUUUUCUCAGGAGAUUGGCCUUGCUUCACUUGGGGCCUCAGAUGACUCAGUCCAGAAACUAGCCACAUGCUAUUUCUUUACGGUGGAGUUUGGCUUAUGCAAACAGGAAGGGCAGCUACGAGCAUAUGGAGCAGGCCUGCUAUCAUCCGUCAGUGAGCUUAAGCAUGCACUCUCUGGUAAUGCACGGAUAACGCCUUUUGACCCUAAAGUUACAUCCAAACAAGAAUGCAUCAUCACAACAUUUCAGGAUGUCUACUUUGUAUCAGACAGCUUUGAGGAAGCCAAAGUCAAGAUGAGAGAAUUUGCCAAGACCAUCAAGCGUCCCUUCACAGUACGCUACAACCCUUACACCCAGAGCGUGGACGUGCUAAAAGAUACUCCCAGCAUCAACAGUGUGGUGGACGAGCUUCGGCAUGAGCUUGACCUCGUCAGUGACGCCCUCAACCGACUCAACAAGCACCUGGGUGUCUGAGUGUUCAUGUCCUAUUGCAAUCCAGCAAUCCUCACCUCUUCGCCCCCAAGUACGGCUUACACAUCGCCCUUCAUCUGUGCAAAAAACAUGCACUGCUUUUAAAAAUGCACUCUUGUCCCCUCUGCAUGAUUUAUAGCUUACAUAAUCCAAACUGGUACAUUAUAUCUAUCAGUAUGCUACACAAAGACAAGGACUGAGACACAUUUGCUUCAGUUUAUUUGGCUAAUUUGGCUUCUAUUUUGCAGACAGUUAAUGUGCUUUAAUGGACAGAACAGCCCUUUUGAACUAUCCCAGCUGUUACAAAAUAUUGUUCCCCCUCCCGUUGUUAACUCAGCUAUUUUAUAUGUGGAUUUGUUUUGUAUUUUAUUUUAUUAUCAUACUUUGCAUUUAAUCCUUCUCACUUCAGUGAUAUGUAUCUACUAAUAUAACCAACAGGCUGUUCUUGAAAUGGAGCAAUAUCGCUACCUGGUGGACAUUUACUGUUAUUACAGGUACAAUGUAGUUUCACCAAGAGAUCUAGUAAAGUAUAUUUUAUUUGUAUACUAUUGGUGAAAGCAUUGUGUUGCUUUUGUGUGUGUUAUUGAGCAAAAUUGUGAUGUUAAAUAUUGUAAGAAAAAUUUCAUGACUAGAUCCACAAACAUUUCAUUUUUUGGAGUGUUAAAUGAACAGUGAACCAAUUCCAUGUGAUCCCAUUCAAAACAGUGCUAAACCAGGUCUAUCAGGUUGUAAGAGUUAAUUUACUCUAUAAUAGUGUUGACCUAACACUAUAUAUUUGACUGGGACCAUAUGCAUUUACCGCAGUGUUAAUUAACACUGAAAACAGUACUGUGAAAUCUGCCCCAGUGUACUUUGCAGUGGUUAUUUCAAAUGUCUCCUUUUAUGUGAGCAUAUACACAGCACACGUAACAGUCAAAACAUUUUUCAGCUGUACAGAAGUAGUAGAUUAUCAUACUAUUGAAAUAAAAUAAAAUAUUCAUGGUGUCUUCA